ACUUUAUUAUGAUUCAGUGCAAAGUACUGAAAAAGGGCUCCAGCUUCUGGCCUUCAGGGAGUUAGUGGUGUCUGGGAGGGUGUUGCAGUGGCUCCCGAGUUGGCAUGAGGCUUAAUUGACACCUUUGAUACAGCCUGAGACAGAACCUGCACCUCCCACUACUGCUUGGAAGACGUCAGCCUUAUGCAGAAAAGGCAUCUGCUGAUGAAUCCUGCAUCUCAUUCCAUCUGCUCUGGGAGCAGCAGCCUUAGCCAUCCUUAACUAAUCCAACUGCCUCACAUUUCUGCGGGUGCUUGGCUUAGUGCUGAGAAGGGACUGCCUCUUACUAUUGUCAGGUCAAACAGUAAGACUGUGCCCAUGUUAGAACUCAUAGAAGUUAAUGGGACCCCUGGUAGUCAGCUCUCCACUCCACGGUCUGGCAAGUCACCAAGUCCAUCACCCACCAGCCCAGGAAGCCUGCGGAAGCAGAGGAGCUCUCAGCAUGGCGGUUCCUCUACUUCACUUGCGUCUACCAAAGUAUGCAGCUCGAUGGAUGAGAAUGAUGGAUCCGGAGAAGAAGUGUCGGAGGAAGGCUUCCAGAUUCCAGCCACAAUAACAGAACGAUAUAAAGUUGGAAGGACAAUAGGAGAUGGAAAUUUUGCUGUUGUCAAGGAAUGUGUAGAAAGGUCAACUGCUAGGGAGUAUGCUCUGAAAAUUAUCAAGAAAAGCAAAUGUCGAGGCAAAGAGCACAUGAUCCAGAGCGAGGUGUCUAUCUUAAGAAGAGUGAAGCAUCCCAAUAUUGUUCUUCUGAUUGAAGAGAUGGAUGUGCCAACUGAACUGUAUCUUGUUAUGGAAUUGGUAAAGGGAGGAGACCUCUUUGAUGCCAUUACUUCCACGAACAAAUACACUGAGCGAGACGCCAGUGGGAUGCUGUACAACCUGGCCAGUGCCAUCAAAUACCUGCAUAGCCUGAACAUCGUCCAUCGUGAUAUCAAGCCCGAGAACCUGCUGGUGUAUGAACACCAAGAUGGCAGCAAAUCACUGAAGCUGGGUGACUUUGGACUGGCUACCAUUGUGGAUGGUCCCCUGUACACAGUCUGUGGCACUCCAACAUAUGUGGCUCCAGAAAUCAUUGCAGAGACUGGAUAUGGCCUCAAGGUAGACAUCUGGGCAGCUGGUGUAAUCACAUAUAUCCUGCUAUGUGGCUUCCCUCCGUUUCGUGGAAGUGGUGAUGACCAGGAGGUGCUUUUUGACCAAAUUUUGAUGGGACAAGUGGACUUUCCUUCUCUAUACUGGGAUAAUGUUUCUGAUUCUGCGAAGGAGCUUAUCACCAUGAUGCUGUUGGUCAAUGUUGAUCAGCGAUUUUCAGCCAUGCAGGUCCUUGAGCAUCCCUGGGUAAAUGAUGACGGCCUCCCAGAAAAUGAACAUCAGCUGUCAGUAGCUGGAAAGAUAAAGAAGCAUUUCAACACAGGCCCCAAGCCGAAUAGCACAGCAGCUGGAGUUUCUGUCAUAGCACUGGACCACGGGUUUACCAUCAAGAGAUCAGGGUCUUUGGACUACUACCAACAACCAGGAAUGUAUUGGAUAAGACCACCGCUCUUGAUAAGGAGAGGCAGGUUUUCCGACGAAGAUGCAACCAGGAUGUGAGGAGCCGAUACAAGGCACAGCCAGCUCCGCCUGAACUCAACUCGGAAUCCGAAGACUAUUCCCCAAGCUCAUCAGAGACUGUUCGCUCCCCAAACUCGCCCUUUUAAUAAGACCCUUUUACUCGAAGUCCUAGCCUAACCCUUUGAGACUCUCUGAUUUUUUCCCCAAAUUAUGUAAAAACAGUUUCAUCUGAUCUAUCUAGCACUCAGAAACAGAAAGUGUGUUUUCUGGUACCUUUGUAGUAAUUUCCCUUUGCUGAAUAAGAUAUGUUGUUUGUAAAGAUGGCAACUUGCUGCUAAUAGGAUCCUCAAAGGGUUAAGUCUACUUUGCAACUUUUUAAAAUUUAAAAGCAAUGAAUAUUUUCAUCAAUCAAACUAGGAUCUGCAGUGUGUAAUAAGCACAUGUUAAUCCUCUGAGUGCAUGGUUUUUGGAGACCCCUUGGGGAAUUUUCCAGGCCUUUGGAUUUAUAGACACAUUUCUUGAUUUUGCUGCAGAUCUAGGGGUGUUUUUAGAUGCCACAAUAUCCAGAAAAGAAAGGCACCUAGAAUGAUAUCUUGCUUUUCCUUUUCUAUAGGUUUAGAUCAUGGCCGUUUUAUAACUUAGGCAUAAACACCCCUCUUUCUUCUUCACAGUCCUAUUAAGAAAGAGACUUUUCUCAUUAGAGGUAUUACUUUCAGCUGCUAUGAGUUCUGCAUCCCAAGUGGAGGAAAUUGUUCCUGUGGCAAACAGCCUGACCCACAAAAGAGAUGGUACCCCCCUCCCCCAAAAUUAUCUCCAUAUGAAGAUGUGCUGAUAUCACUCCAGAAAUGCUGCUUUCACAUCAGCUGCUGCUAGUGCCAGCACAGACCCUCGGGAAGGCACACACAUACCUUGUCUUGUGCUUGGUGAGGGAGGGUCUGCCUGCUCAGUAUGAGCCAUCUACAGGACAAAACAAACAAACAAACAAACAAACAACAACAAAAAAAAACUGGUAGAAAAGAGCAAUAAAUUGCCAGGUGCUCUAUAGGACUGGAAUUUCAAACAGAAAGAGGAAACAAGAUCCUGGUCUUUUUUCUCACCUGCUUUUCCAUGCACUGCUGUCUUCAGUGUGAAAUCAUAGAAUAUCAAAUCCAUAUGCAGGAGUGCUGGAGCACAGGGGACUAGAGGCAAAGCGUUUUGCAAGGUGGCCAAGGAGAAAGCACAGUCAGAAAACAAUCUAGAAUAUUUUUAAAAUGGGUUUUAAGGAAAUAAAACACUGAUAAGAUCAUUUCCUGUGUACCUUUAGGUUUCCUACAUAUGAUUUUCCAGGAAGAACAGGAUAGGAGAACUGGAAGAUACCACUGAGGAUGAAACUUCCAUUCCCUAAGGUGCCCUUUUUACACACCGCUGUCUUUAGCUAUCUAGAGGGGCAUGUAAUUUUUCUCUCUAUGGGUCAAGUCCUGUCUGACACCUGAAUUGUCACUCCUGUGACAAAACCUUGAUCCCUAGCCCUGUAUCUCCAUUGAGUUUCUUCUGGAAUGUGUCACAUUUCAGAAUGGGGGCCUCCUGUGCUUUACUGUGAUGCUUAGAGAAAAGGCUAGCCAUGGCGUCUUAGAGGCAGGGACCCAACUCAAAUGUCCUCCUAAGGUUUGCUCAGUUUUGAGAUGCAGGAGACAACCAAAGAGUGAGGUCUCAUAAAAUUUGCAUAUGUAAAGCUGAACAGCAUUUACUGUCACUGUUUUGAAUAUAUUUCAAUAUCUGAAGGUCUUUGACAUUUCUUUAUUUUCAAAUACACAUUUGUCUUCAAUUGCUGCUUUUACUCUUUAACGCAUAAACUAUGCCCUAUGUUAAUAUAGAUUUUAAGGUCCUACCAUGUCAUGAUUUUUACAACUUAGUUCCCUCAAUUUUUUGCUCUUCUACAUUUAGGUUUAUUUCUUUAGUCUGUGUUGUCCUGAAAUGUAAGCAGUAGAUUAUUUAUUAAAAGUUGUCUCCCUUUUAGAGAGUCCUGAAAUGAUACCAUACAAUAUCACAGAGUAGCACAAUUCAGUCAAGGUUGGGGUGAGGGCAGAAUACCAGGAAAGGUGUUGGUGUGUAGAAAGAUUCCACAUCAGUGAAGUACCCAGAACUGUUCAGAAAUACUGCUUUGUCUAGAACUAUAAAGCAAAGCACUAUUCUAAGUAACACUGGAGUAGCCAUAUAACUUGGCCUCAACUCUAAAUGUGUGACUAUGAAGAAUCUUAUGAGCAGAGACCUACCUACAGAAGAUUGUCACUUUCCUUUCUUUCUCUGAAUUACUGCUUUUCCCGUGGACAUUACACGUAUUGGUACAGCAUUUCCUGUAUAGAACUUAUAGUGCAUGGCUCAGCCUUUUUCCAUCCAAGUCUUGGGAAACUGUGGACCAUGUGAAGCUGGGGAGUGUUUCGCAACCACUUCAGAGAGCAGCUCGGAAGAAUAUAGGGCCCAUUCAGCAUGGAGAGCCCAAUGCAUUGCUGUCGAAUUUGUGAUUUAUGCUGAGUAAACAGUGUCUGUGAUAUGUCAAGUAGAAAUGUUUAGUAAUCAGAUGGAAUGCAAUCUUUUCAGCAUCAAGCCGUUAAGACCUGAAUAUCAGAAAUGUACUCAAAGGGUUAACAGAAAAGCACAAAGCAUGCUGAUUACAUUGGUAUAUUCAGACUGCUUUGCUUUUAGCCAAUGCUUUCUAAUUUUUUUUCAUGACAUUCUUGGGAUAGUUCAAGUUUGAAUUCAUUAAGUGAUAGUGUUCUUUAAGUAAUUUCUAUAACCAAAUUGAUCUUUUUUUUCACUUCAUCAUCAAAUAAAUAUGUACCAUUAUGGGAGUGUACUUCUGUAAUUAUCAUUUUAAUCAUUGCCAUAAGUGUUUCCAUAUUUUUUUCUAAGUAUUUAAUAUAGCUCUUAUGGUGUUAGUAUGGUGAUGGGGACUGUCUUUCCUUUAUUAAUAUGUAAUCAACCAUAUAGUAUUUUCAAGAAAAUUUUAAGAUUCAACUUUUUAGUUCAUUAGUAGACUAGUUAAGAAAGAACACUUCCAUUACUUGCAUUGUGUAAAUCAUCUCUGUAGAUGAGAACUAUUCAUAUUGAUGAAUACUUUUUUGCAACAUUGUAGCAGAAAUAAUUUUAUUCUUCACAAUCAAUGAAUAUGUGGUUUUCUCCAAAUCAUUAGAAGGAAACGUAAGAUUUCAGUCAUUAAAAAUGUUUUUACAGUAGCCCUCAUCUAACUUACACAUGGUGCAUAUUAAAAUAAGCAGAGAAAAAAUGCAAAUAAACUACUGAAAAUGCU